GGCAUCGAGACGAGUCGCCCAAUCGCUGGCUGGACACCCCCGACUCAAAACGACACGGAGCCCUCUACUAAUUCCACGGGCCGCUUCCGCCUCCUGCCUGCCGCUCUGCCACAAAUCUCUCCGCGACCUGGUUCAUGGCGUGCGGGCUGCUGCUGCAGCCUGCAGGGGCCGCCACCGCAGCCGUCUUGUGGCCGUGCCUCCUCCUCCCGGCUACUCGUCGGAGCUUCCCCAACAAGGUGCAACUAAAUCAAGUCCAUUGUAUGAAUCAGUUACGCUGGAAGCAAUUUUUGAGUGCUGCCAAGUCACAGAGAUCAAGGAGCCUUGUUGGUUGCUCAAGUUCAGACUCAUCUGCAGAAGUAGCUGCGUUGAGCAGACCUGCAGAUUUCUCCACUGCUCAGAGUGAUCAAUCCAUGACACGUUGUGUGGAUUUGGUCCCAGGUGCGCUUAUCAUUAUUUCUGGCUACUGGAUUGGCCCCGACGUGGAUGAUGGUUGCGGUAGUGUUGAGGCCAUGCUCCAAAGAAUCGUAUGAUAUUUGCUCUUGUGGUUAACUAGGGAAAUGUUUCCUGGCAUCUGAAGAUAACCUGUGUUAAAGCAUCAACUGGACCGUAUAUGGCUAUAGUUUGCUUCAAGAGCUGUAUUUUUCCUUGGGGGUUAUAAGUUGUUUUGUUUUGCUAUUGCAUCGCUGUUUACAGUGCACCCAAAGCAAAAAAUCCUAAAAAUCCUCACUAGUUUAGAAAAAAAGGGACCUGCAUCGGUUAUUUUGGUUGGCUCAAAUUGGAAGAGUGUAGAUCAAUCAGACACCCUUCGUGACAUCUUGCAUGACAUAAGAAUAUUAGACAGUAUCUUGCGUGUCAGUCAGUGUAUGCGUCCUGUUGAAUUGUAGUACCUGUGAAGCCAUGACACGUCAAUUUUUGAACAUCAUCUCAGGCAUCUGAUGUAAGUUGGCCACACAGGUCCAAUUCCAACUAAUCCUCUAUUCCUCCAUUCAGAACCCUUGAUAUUUAUGUCAUUCAUUCCUUUUUGAAGACUACAUUCAUUCCUGUAAGGAUAUGAUCAACUCCUCUGGCAGAAUUUUUGAGCUUUAAGAUUUGGGCAUACUGGCAGUGGCAUCGUGCUUGCAGGUGCGAAGCAUCCUCUGAUCUUUAUGCUAAAACAGUAAAUAUCUAUAUAGGUCACGUAAGUUGGGUGAAUAAAUUUUUAAAGGGAAAUGCAGUGCAACCAUUAGUUCCAAGUAUCCUUUGUUCCCCUGCUUACAAUCGUAUUAACCUGCCAUCACAAGUGAGAUAUCAUUAUUUGAAAAAUUGCAAUUAAAAUUAUUAUGAACUAAUAGUGUUUUGAUGUUGCAAGGACCAGCCUUCCAUAUGUGUAUUGGUACUUAGUAGACCCUAAUUUGUUAAGUGAGCAAAUCGAAUCAUGCAUUGCCAACAAGGUUCGAGUAUAGCUUCAUCCAUUUCUUAUUUACGUCUUUUCUUCAUUGACAGAUCCAUGGUUAUUAUUGCGCAUUCUAUUCCAAUUAGCUGGAAAGUGCGUGUGAGUUUCUUUUAAUUUGGGGAGAAAUAAAUUUGUGUGAGUGGAAGAGAUCUAGCACAAUCUUUUGUUAGAAGCUGCUUAAUCGUCUUAUACAAUUCUUCCAACAAGCUACGGAUGAUGCUGUAUUCCCCUGUGAUUCCAUUUGAACAA